CCGACGCCGACGACGUCGACUGUGCUUUCGUGCUCCAGGGCGUCGUGACGUGCUUCUGCAUAGUAGCGGCGAAGUCCACGAGGAGAUUUGCCGGUUUCUUUUUUGACAAGCGCCGUUCACUUACACUCCUUUUCAUGUAACACGAAUAUGCUUGGAAGCUUUCCCUCUUUCAGGCACUGACGCAAACAAGCAAGUUGUCGUUCGACCGUGCUAUAAACUACAUCCAAUAAGACGCCGUGAAAUAGACUAAACAGAAAUCUAAUUGUGUAGUUAUCUGCCAUAGUUUCUUUGACUUCGGAACUUUUAACAAACUUGUAACCGAAAACAAAUAAAGUCGCAUGAAAACUGGAAAUGUCGUAACUGAAUUUCUACAUAGUGAUAACGAAAGAAACAAGAGUGUUUUGAAGCAACGCCCUGCCGCUUCUGGGUGCAAGUCAUUUUUGAGCUGUCACUGUGGAGUGGUCGGGGAGUGAACCUAUGGACUGUGAUUCUGUUGAGGGAAUUAUGAAAUCAGACGAGGAGAUGGGUCGUGACAAGCCAUCUGGUGCAAGCUCCGCCAACCACAACCAUUAUUCCAAGAGCAAAGGAAGCGAAAGUAGAAGAAUGGUCGACAUUACGAGAGACAAACCGAUAAAAGUGGCAGUCAGGGUAGUUGUGCCUGUACGAGACCAUCCUAAAUUCAACUUCGUUGGAAAACUUUUGGGACCCAAGGGUAACUCCUUAAAAAGACUACAGGAAGACACCAUGUGCAAGAUGGCAGUUCUUGGCAGAGGUUCGAUGAAAGACAGGCACAAGGAAGAGGAACUACGAGCCAGCGGCGACCCCAAAUUCCAGCACUUAAGCGAAGAACUCCACGUGGAAAUUAGCGCUUUCGCCACUCCCGCCGAAGCUCACGCCAGAAUUGCAUACGCCUUAGCGGAAGUUCGAAGAUUCCUCGUUCCAGACUACAACGACGACAUCCGACAAGAACAAAUGUGGGAGAUGCAGGUGCUUUCCAGCCAAAGAAAUAACAACAAAGGAGACGAAGCGAGCGGUGGAUCCAAUCCGGGGGCGGAGUACGCAGGUGAAGACAGAUUGAGCAGCGAAACGGCGGAACCGGGACCAGAAAGCCCCCAAGAUGAGCAUCCAGCACUACGCGGUAUCCAGCCAGGAACUCCCUCGUCGACGGAAACGACAGCCAGCGCAACUCCUGCCAACGGCAGUCAACUUUCCCCGACCAACGGCAUUGGCACUUGUCCAGCUACAGGUGGCGGCGUCCUCGGAGUUGGAGGACGCAAGAGACCGCUGCUGGCAGGCGGUCUCAGGACAUCGAUGACCCCGACUAAACGUACGGUUAUGAGUCUUUUAGCCAGAGCUAGAGCAGCGCAAGCGAAGCAAUUACCCAGCACCUUCCAAAGAGGAACACCGGAGCGCACUACAACAUUGGUUCCUCUCUUGAGAGAAGAUUACAUUACGGGAGCUGUUAACCUUAAUUUGAUUUAAUUUCAAUGCGUGGUCGUUUAACAAUUACUAACCCAAAGUUUAUUUAAUACAUAAUGAAUAAAAGGGCGAUUGAAAAUUGUUCAGAUGCCAGAAAAUCACUCACCAUUGUUGCAGAUGAUCGAUUAAUCGUUGUUUUUCGUCUAUUGGUCCGUUUGGAAUUUUGCUGGUUAAAUUUCCUCUGUAUUUACGUUAUAUUGUAUUUGGCAAACGACACCACAAUUUAGGCUAAUUGUUGGUUUUUUAAUUCUGCAAAUUUUCAAUCGCUUCUUCAAACAAACAUGUUGUGUUUGGAUGUUUAUUGGUAAUAUCCACUGUUAAUUAUUCUAAUGUAAUCAAUUAUUACGCAAUGCACGGACCAAGUAAUAAUAUUUAUAAUCAAAACACAAACGUAGUGCAAUUUUUUGAUUGUUACAUUUAUUUUUUGUACAGGUUUAGAUUUUAUCACAACGAAUUUAAUGGAUAAAUUAAUAUAAUAAUGUAAAGAUGAGGAUUUGUUCCUACUAUCUUCAUGUGCUGAUGUCCUUUGUUUGUAUUAGUUUGUUUACGUGUUUGACGUUUCGUGGAAGGAUGUGUACAUAUUUAGGGAAUAUUGCAUAAAAUAUGUUAAUGAUGGUUUUAUUCGCUUUUCUAGUACAUAUCGAUUAGAAAUAAAGAGAAUUGUAAAUGUAAGAGUACCUACCUGGAAACCGCAAUUAGUUUAGCUUAAAGCUCCGAGUUUGAAGUUGAACUAAUCCCUUAAACUUAGAUGCCAAAUUAGUUGUUAAUUUAGCUAUUAAUAUUUUAGAAGAAGUUGUAACAGUGGCGUUUAAAAUCCGAUGUGUUGGUUAUUGUGAACAAUGUUUUGAUAGUCACUGAUAAAAAAAUGAGCUAAAUGUGAGGAACUAAACCGACGAUGUUAACUACCUAACUGUAAUUUUUAAUAUUACAUUUUACUGUUAGCAUGUUUAAAAUGUCACAGUUUAAUAAAAGGAUUAAUGUUAAAGAAAAUGUGCUUGCAAUAUUCACACAUAAAGCACUCGAAAUUUCGUUCUUUAAUGUGUUUAUUAAAUAUAAAAUUAUAAAAUAAUAUUUAAACUACGCUCUAAUCAUAUGUAUUCUGUAA